UUUAUUUUUAUUCCGCUUGUACAUCUGAGGGAAGACAUCGAAUUGAUUUCGGAAUUUAGGUUGAUCGUUCGUAGUUAGUUCGCUUGUUUUAACACGCAAUAAUUGCUAUAAAAACUAACUAAUAUUAUUUAGUUAUAGUAGUAGAUAAGAAUGCCGCGGUUGAGAAAAGAAGGCAGUAAGAAGCCAGCGUCCAAGGCGAGCAAAAGGUCUGCAGCGUCGCAUCCUGAGGGAGGAAGAAAGAAGCGCACCGUGGAAAAUUUAGCUAAAGCAAGGAAUGUUGUCAAAGGGGAUGAGCAAAGGACCGCAACGCAAGUAGAGAGGCAAGCAACAAGCGCGGAGGUACCUAUUGAGAGCAUUGCUAGCAUGGAAAGGGCUGCACCUCAAAGAGUCGAAGGCGAUAUCAGUAUUCGGGCGGAUAUAGAUUUUACGGUAUCUCAAAUUCAGCGCCAGUCGGACUGGUUGGCGUCGGCGACAUUUGAAGAUGCGACUAUUGAGAUCAUGAAGGCUCGCCUCGAUAUUUUGACUACGGCCUGGGGGAAAUUUGAAUUAAAAUCUCAAGAGUUGCAACAAACAUCGCGAAAUGAAUUGCAACAGGCGGAUGAUAUCACACGUCAACUCAGGGUUGAGGAUGUCUACGUGAGAGUUCGGGCGGGGUUAAGUCAGCAGAUAAAGGCAUUAGAACCAAUCUCAUCUACUGCCACAUGCACUCAUGCCAAUAAUCGGGCACUGCAGUUACGUUUUGCAGAAUUGCCUUUGGCAGAUCGGCUCCCGAUAUUUCGCGGAAAUCAUCGGGAGUGGAUUCAGUUUAGGGACAUAUUUACAGCCGAAGUGAUUCGAAAUCCACACAUCACGAACUUGCAACGACUUCGGCGGUUGCAAAGCUGUGUUAAGGAGGAUGCGGCCAGGGCAAUGGGAUACUGGCCGCAGCUAGAAAAAAGCUUUGCCGAGGCAUGGAAGACAUUGUGUGUAGCAUUCGAUAACGAAUAUCUAUGUCAAGCGGCACACUUCUCCGCUAUUUACGGUCUGCCUAGUUGGUCGAGGGCUACCCAUUCGUUAAUUAGAAAUAUGCUUGACGUUACGCGCAACAGUAUGCGUAUGAUUUCAAGACAAUUAGGAGCCGAGGAGCAACGAGAUUUACUCAUUUUAAAUUUUCUGGAAUCUCGUUUAGACAGCAUAUCCCGUAGACAGUGGGAGAUGGUACGACCCACAGACCGUAUCCCCAAUUUGCAAAAGGAUUUCUUUGCAUGGCUUGAACGUCGGAGCAGCGGGCUGUUGAGUCAGGGAAUACAACCUUUGGCUAAUCAUAGCGAAAAGCGUGUCAUCAAUCCGCUGAUUAAUCAGCGCAUGAGGUUGAACGCUUCGUCAGUGUCCAACUAUAAUCCCUGCCUUAAUUGUUCAGGAGAUCACGCCUUCCACCGGUGCCCUGGGACUGGACGUAUGAGCCGGGAGGACAAAAUCAAACGGAUUUUCGAGCUGGGGCUAUGUCAGAAUUGUUUGAGGAGAGGCCAUACUGCCCGAAACUGUUUGUCAAGCCGUUGCCCCCGGUGCGCAAGGUCACCUCACAACAGCAUAAUAUGCCCAAAACUAUCAGCUAUGAGUUCCAGAGAUGAGGCUUCUCGCGUCACGACGCUAGCAACAGUAGCUAAGGUCGUACCGAGGAAGGAGCAAUAGCAAUUAGCCAAUAAAAAGGAAACCGGCCUCGGGGGUUUCAGCAGCGUUGCUUCGCCACAAACAUCCGAGCAUAUAAAAUCUACCAUAACACAGGGCGGAGCUAUUGAUUUUUAUGCCAAUUUAUUGGCUACAGCGCAGGUGCGCUUUCUAACCCGUUGUGGAACGACAGUGAGAGUACGCGCAAUAUGCGAUACGGGCGCACAGGUGAACUUGGUCAGCAAACAUUUUGUGAAGGAUAACCAAAUUUCUACACGCCGAAUCAGGAUUGGUGUAUCAUCUGCUAUUAAGGCGGGAUCUCAUAUCUGUGACAAAUCAAUCACCGGCCAUUUGAUGUCACUUUACAAUGACGAUCUCCGGACGCUCAUUACAUGUCUAGUAGUACCAUCGGUAUUGGGAGAAAUGUUACUGCCCCAAAGACGUUUACAAAGGCAAGAUUUGCCAAGUGAUAUAUCGACACAUUUAGCGGAUCCAACAUUUGAUCAACCAGCGAAAGUUCAAAUGCUAUUAGGCGUUGGUGUAUGGGCUACACUGAUGCAAGAUAAUAUGCGGAGAUUAUCUUCGAGCUUCGUUGCACAAGAGACGCGCUUAGGCUGGUUGCUUUUUGGCGAGGUCCCAACUAAUGCUAACCUGGUCACGGCCAACAUCGCAAAGGACAUGAACCAAGCUGAAGGCGAUUCUCAUCUUGACCAACUGUUACGAGGGUUCUUUGAAUCUGAGAGCUUAACGGGCGACGAGUCAAGUUGGACAGCAGAGCAACAAGCGUGCGAAGAUCAUUUUUUAAAAACGCACAAGUUUGACUCACAUGCAGGGCGUUAUAUUUUACAAAUUCCUCUGCGGUCCCAUUGGGGUAGUAUCGGUUCCAAUCGGGCGAUAGCGCUGCAACGAUUCUUACGAUUGGAAAAACGUUUCAGACGAGAUGCGGAGUUAAAGGAGAAAUAUUUCACGUUCAUUAAUGAAUACGUAGCGAAAGACUGGCUACGUCCAGCAACUAGGCCGGAUGCAGGAAAAUCUUAUUAUAUUCCCCACCAUGCGAUAACGACAAAAUUUCGUGUAGUCUUUGAUGCGUCUUGUUUGACUGAUACCGGAGUAUCGCUGAAUGAUGUCCAAAUGAUCGGACCGAAGUUACAACCAGAUUUGAUUGAUCUUCUUUGGGGAUUUCGAUUGAAUGCGUAUGGUGUCUCAGCAGACAUCAAGCAGAUGUUUCCUCAGGUGAAGAUAGCAAAUCAGCAUUGGGACCUGCAACGCAUAUUUUGGAGGGACCAUUCAGGAAAAAUAACAGAAUAUUGGCUCACUGGAGUGACGUUUGGGAUGGCAUCAGCUCCCUUUUGUGCAGUGCGAGCAAUGCAACAGUGUGCCAGAGACAAUGCAUCUAGGUGGCCUCUGGGAGCUAGAGCCGUCUUGGAUAAUUUUUAUAUGGAUGAUUGUCUGGUCGGCGCAGACACGGAGGAGGAACUCUUACUAUUAUGCCAACAAAUGCAGAAGCUUUUGAAAGCAGGGGGCUUUGAACUAACCAAGUUUCGAUCAAAUUCGAACUAUAUUCACCGCUCUAUCGCUACACAAUUAGCCGGAGACGAUGUUUGGUUGAAUACCCAUAUGGAAGCAUCGGUACUUGGUCUCAAAUGGAUUCCCUCAACGGAUGAGUUUGCCUUCGCAGUGCAAUCGUUACCGGAUGCGGACUCUGCUUGUUGGACUAAGCGAUCAGUUUUAAAUAUAACGGCACGAAUUUAUGAUCCUGAUGGGCUAGCAGCACCUUUUAUAAUAAAUGCAAAAAUAUUAAUUCAAAAAAUUUGGAAGGAAAAGCAAGGGUGGGAUGCUAUGUUACCAGAGCCUUUGAAGGUGGCAUGGCAGAGUAUUUUCUCCCAAAUUCCACACUUUGAUAACCUUCGUAUACCGCGAUGGAUAGGCUACUCUCGACGAUUAAAUAUGACUUUGCAUGGAUUUUCCGAUGCAUCAACGCAGGCCUUCGGAGCGGCCGUGUACGUGGUAAUGCAUGCCGAAGAGGGCGUCAAAUCCAAUGUGCUGUUAACCAAAUCUAGAGUCGCGCCUCUACGAGCGGAAACCAUACCACGUCUCGAACUGCGAGCCGCAACGUUACUCAGCGAACUAAUGCAACGGGUGGUGAUGGUUUGCGAAACUCAACAUCGCAUAAAGAUCGGUUCGAUGACGUGUUGGUCCGACUCUAUGGUAGUACUCUGCUGGUUGCGACGGGAUAAGAGUAGUCUCAAACAAUUUGUAGCGAAUCGCGUGCGACAAAUCAAUAUCAAUACAACCAACUGCGAGUGGAGGUAUGUGCCCACUGAAAAGAAUCCAGCUGACUUUAUUUCUAGAGGAAUGUCGAUGGUUGAGUUAAUGUCUUCCCGACUAUGGUGGCAAGGGCCUGUUUUCCUCCGACUGCCAAGCGCCAUGUGGCCGAAACCGCCAGAAGGGGUGUCGGAAAAGGUUGAAACAGAGGCGAAGAAGGAAUGCCGCCGUGAAAGAAUCCAUACUGAAAAGGCAGAUAAUCAAUUCGUCGCCAGGGUCAGCAUUAUAUCUAUUAAACAAAUGUCAUUAUUGGAGCGUUAUUCAUCAAUCAAUCGAUUAAUAAGAGUAACGGCUUGGGUACUUAGAUUCGCACAGAAUUGUCGAUCACCAAUGACAGAGAGGCAGAAACUCUAUUUAAGCGUUAAGGAGCUCGAAUAUUCAUUGGCAUUCUGGAUGCGGCAAGAGCAAGGCGACUAUUAUGCGGACGACAUCCGAACGUUACAGCACUGUGCCCAGAACAAGAAAACUCUAGAGGGUUCUAAAUUAUCGAAUGCGAUUGGAAUACUAGCACCGUUUAUUCAAGAUGGAAUACUGCGUAUGAAUGGACGACUCAAAGAAGCGGACUUGCCUGACACCCAAUGUAACCCAGCGAUAUUACCAGGCAAGGGGAGAUUGGCCUGGUUGAUUGCACGAAUGACACAUUUGAAACUUUUGCAUUGCGGGGCACAGCAGCUAAUCGCGACAUUGAGGCAAACCUAUUGGAUUAUCGGCGUGCGGACUUUAGCGAGAUCCCUGAUCAAGGGAUGCGUAAGGUGCGAAAGGCUGAGAUCCAAAAUGAGCGAGCAGAUAAUGGCAAAUCUUCCGGCUUGCCGAGUAUGUCCAGCACGUCCGUUUGUGCAUGCGGGAAUCGAUUACGCAGGACCCAUACAAGUGCGUCCCGAUCGUCGAAGGGGUAAUGUCGUCAUAAAGGGGUAUAUCGCGAUAUUCGUGUGUAUGGUAUCGAAAGCGGUACACUUGGAAUUUGUACCGGAUUUGUCUACCAAGGCCUUUAUUAUGGCUUUUAUUCGCUUUACUUCGCGCUAUGGACAUUGUCUACACCUAUGGAGCGAUAACGGCACCAAUUUUGUAGGGGCAGAGCGAGAUCUAAGUCGGAUGUUGCAGACUUGGCAGAAAUCUGACCUCUUUGAACAACUGGCAGCGCGUCAAACCGAGUGGCAUUUCAUCACUCCUUCUGAACCGCACCAAGGUGGUCUUUGGGAGGCGGCCGUAAAGGCUGCUAAGCACCAUCUACGCCGGGUGAUGGGAGCUCGCUUAUUAACCAUCGAAGCUGUGCAGACAUUGUUGGCAGAAUUUGGGGCUAUCCUCAACUCUCGUCCAUUAUGUGCCCAAAGUGCGGAUCCUCGAGACUUGAAUCCUCUAACACCCGGUCAUUUAUUAAUUGGAGAAUCCUUGGUACCAGCUCUAGGCGAGCAAGUACCAGUAGCAGAAUGGUCGGAGAAUCGCCUCGACUAUUGGGAGUCUCGGCAGCUAAUCACGCAAAGAUUUUGGAAAUUGUGGAGCAAUAGCUAUCUACAUGAACUCCAACAGCGUCCCAAAUGGCGGGAAGUAAGACGAAACCUAAAAGUGGGCGACUUAGUAGUCGUAAAAAACGAAGCUACACCACCGACUUUGUGGAAAAUGGCGCGAGUGACGGCAUUACAUCCUGGCAGCGACGGGCAAGUCAGUAAUGUUACUCUUUGGACUGGUAGCAGUUCUAUUAAUCGCCCAGUACAAAAACUAUGUGUUUUACCAGUGGAACCUAUUGAGCCUCGAGCAGCAUCGAGUCUAAAGGCCGGAGGGUGUUGUGAAGCGAGUGAAGUGGUAGGGAGUUAACCGUAGUUAACGAGACGGUUGUGGUAAGCCGAGAGCGGCGAAGUUUAAGACAAUAAAACCUUAAUAUAUUCUAUGCGAACUGUGUUUUAUUUGAAAGGGACCACUACGUCAAAAUCGUUAUAUGGAAGAAAAUGCUCAACAUUGAAUAUAAAUAAUGUCUUCUAAUUUAUUGGCAAGCUUUUUCAUCACCACUUUCCUCCUGCCCCACUUGGCGUAUGAGCAAUCUGCUAUGACGUCGUUGCGGUGAUGAUGAUGAUGAGCGUUGGUCACUGAUCACACAUCCGUAGGAUGAUGUUCAGCCGUGUACUUUGUGCUCAACGCGAAAGACAUUAAAGAAGAAUCUGUAAGUGCAUACAGCAAAAAGUUAUUUAUAUAUACAGCUGCGGGCAACAUAAUAGAAUCAACACCGGCGUUUUAAUUACACUCAAGUAUUUAUUGAAAGACUAGAGAAAAUGAAAUUCAUAAUAACGAAGAGGGGCUGGGCUGUGACGGUCAUGGAAGAUUUUUCUCUCAUUUUGUAGAAAAUAAAUUUUCAUUUGAUCCUAUGGGUUGUACAAAAACAUUGAAACGAUUAAUUUUUCUUUGGCUUAGGCAGCCGCUGGGGUGUAGGGGGGUUUUUUCUUAACAGCAGUCGCCCUCAGCAGGCAAUGGCAAACCUCCGAGUGUAUUUCUGCCACGAAAAACAGCUUCGCAUAAAAAUAGAAGCGCCGUUCGGAGUCGG